AUGGGUUUCCUCGGCGUCUACACGGCAAUCUACGACUACGAACCCCAAGGGGCAGGGGAAUUAGAGCUUCGCGAAGGCGACUUGCUCUGCAUUCUAGAAAAAAAUGAGGAGGACAGUUGGUGGAAGGCUAAGAAGAAGGCCGAUCGCGACGACGAGGAUGAACCCGAGGGACUCGUUCCGAACAACUAUGUUGAGGAGGCGCAACCUAUUCACACAGCCAAGGCGCUCUACGACUAUACCCGCCAGACAGAUGAAGAGGUCUCUUUUUCCGAAGAUGCAGAUUUGAUUGUGUAUGACGUCUCCGAUCCCGACUGGACGCUUGUGGGAGUCAACUCGGACUACGGCUUCGCCCCUGCAAACUACAUUGAGAUUGUCGAGGAUGCAGGCCAUGCUGCUGCACCCUCCGCCCCAUCGCCUUUGCCGGCGGAUGAAUAUGAACCGGAGCCUGAGCCUGAACCGGCGCCCCCCACGCUCCCGCAGCGACCGGCAGUGGCCGCGGAAGAAAUGAAUGAGGCCCGCGCUCCGUCGCCAAUCAAUACCGUGCAGAACCCAGCCGCUGCAGCCAUCGCAAAUAUCAUCCACCAGCAACAUGCCUCCCCUGCCGAGUCUGAACCCUCCCGAGCCGUGCCUCCGCCACCUCAACCCGCGCGCCCGACAUAUGAGCCCGAGGAGGUUUAUCGGAAUGAGCCCUCGCCGCCGCCCCCAGCCCUCCCGCAGCGUCCCCCGUCGGAGUUCAUCUCGUCGCCUGUACACCUCGAGUCGCCCCGAGAGCCCGCCCAUCCCCGGCAUGCAUCGCUCCGAGACAACGAUGGGGAGGGUCAUGUGAAGGAGUCUCCUCCCUACAACCGGGUGGGCCACCCUACGCCGCGUUCUCCGUCGGGUUACCACAUCUACACUAUCAAUGAGAUGGUCGAGGUCAUGGGCAAGAGAAAGAAAAUGCCCACGACCCUCGGUAUCAACGUGGCAACGGGAACCAUCUUCAUUUCACCAGAAGAAGAUGGCGCAGUGCAGGAGUGGACCGCGGACAAGUUGACUCACUACUCUAUUGAGGGAAAGCAUGUUUUCGUUGAUCUUAUCCGCCCCAGCAAAAGUAUCGACUUCCACGCUGGAGCAAAGGAUACGGCUCGUGAGAUUGUAUCCGCUCUUGGGGAGAUCUCCGGUGCCUACCGUGCCGAAGGUCUUCGGGAAGUCAUUGCCGCUGGCACCAGCGGGGGUCAGAAGAAGGGUCAAAUCCUGUACGACUUCAUGGCGCAGGGCGAUGACGAGGUAACAGUGGCCGCAGGCGACGACGUCAUUGUGCUCGAUGAUAGCAAGUCGGAAGAGUGGUGGAUGGUGCGCCGCCUCAAGAACGGCAAGGAGGGCGUAGUUCCGAGUAGUUACAUCGAAAUCACAGGAACCGUCACGAGCUCGCCGCCGCCUGGAGGUGCCGAACCAGGGUUAUCCACCGUGGAGAAGAACCGCAUGGAGGAAGCACGUCUCACCAAAGAAGCGUCACGGAAGUCGAAGACCGACUCCAUGAUCGACACGCAAAGUUCAGAGCGCCAAAAACGCGACAGCAAGUCCAGCCACAAGUCAAAACCUGACCCUUCAAAAGUCAGACAAUGGACCGACCGCACGAAGACGUUCACCGUCGAGGCUCAGUUCAUUGGCUUGAUGGACGGCAAAAUUCACCUUCACAAGCAGAAUGGCAUUAAGAUCGCCGUGCCAAUCAUGAAGAUGUCGGUAGAGGACCUGGAAUACGUUGAAAAGCUGACUGGAGCCUCUCUGGACGAGGAUAAGCCGUUGUCCGAUAUCAAACGUCGUUCUCAGCGCAUUGAGCCCGACAAGUCGCGGAGCUCGUCUGAUGGCAAGCAGAACGGUGCCUCUUUCCAGCAGUCGGACUACGAUUGGUUUGACUUCUUCCUGAAGGCCGGCGUUGGUCCUCAUCAAUGUGAACGAUAUUCGCAGAACUUCAUCAAGGACUCCAUGGAUGAGGGGGUUCUCCCAGACAUCACCCCCGAAGUUCUGCGCACCCUUGGUUUGAAGGAGGGCGAUAUCUUGCGGGUCAUGCGCUACUUGGAUAACAUGUUUGGCCGGACAGGUGCCAAGUCGAAACUUCGUAACGUCAGCUUUGGAGGCGAGGAAGUAAUUGACGAGGAUGGAGCUGGUGGUCUCUUUUCCGGCCCUGGUGGCAUGCUGCGCAAUAACACUCGAAAAGGCAGACCUGCACCCAACACGCCGGCAAGUGAUGUGGUUGACCCGAAAGCCUUCGAGCAGAAGGAUGCUUCGAAGCCUGCAGAGCGCAGCGACACUCCACCCGCUUCUGCGUCUGCCCCUGAACCACCGGUGCAGAAGGGCUUCGAUGACGAUGCGUGGGAGGUCAAACAACCCAGACAGGCCCCGACCACUGCUCCUGGUGCCGCUCCGGCUACCACGUCAAGCCCUCCUCCGGCCGCUUCUUCGCCGACUGCAAACCAACCCCCGACUGCGCAGCCGCUCACUGGAGCAAUGGCAGAACUCUCCCUGCUUCAGGCUCCUCUGCAACCCACGCCCGCACCUGCUGCUGUUUCUGCCCCUCAGUCUCCGCCCGCAGCACCACCGGCUAUUCAGCCUCAACCUACGAUUCAGCCUCAGCCUACGAUCCAGCCUCAGCACACGAUCCAGCCUCAGCACACGAUCCAGCCCCAACAUACCAUUCAACCUCAGCCCACUGCUAUGCCUGCGCCUCAAAUUCAGCCGCAGGCGACAGGGGCUACACCCGGUUUCUUUGCACAGCUCGGACAGCCACAGACUGCCCAAACCUUCAGUCCUCAGGUAACUGGGUUCCAACCGGCUGCGAGACAGCGUCCACAAGCGCCACAGACUCCGCUGGGAGGCAACUCUUUGCUUCCUCCUCCGCCGCAACGACCCCUCUCAGCGCCUCAGAAUUUCUCUCAGCAGCCAAGCUCUUUCGGACCCCAGACACUGCAGCCCCAGCUGACUGGGAUCCCUCAAUCAGGCCCGCAGAUUGUCCCACCCGGUCAAAGCUUGGCCGAGCUGAACCAACAACGUUUCCAGCCAACCCUGCAGCAGCCGCAGCCGACCGGAUUCAUGCCGCAAGCCCAGUUCCAGAACGGGCUGAUGCCGCAGCCGACCGGCUUUCAACCGCAGUCUCAAUUUGGUAUCCAGCAACAGCAACAGCAGCAGACUGGCUAUCCUGGAUUGGGGCCGCAGCCGACAGGGUUCGGAGGCUUCCAGCCACAACCGCAGCAACCAAUGCAGACAGGCAUCAAUUCUGUCCUCCCCCCGCCUCUACAACCUCAACCCACUGGCAUGAAUGGCGUUGGCAGCAUGCCCUACAGUGGGCCAGCCCCACCAUUGCCGCCCAUUCCUCAACAGCCGACUGCUACACCACUGCAGCCCCAGAAGACUGGCCCCGCUCCCUCCAUCCGCUUCGGUGUCAAGCAUGAUGCCCCCAAGAAACUUGCCCCACAGCCAACAGGCCUUAGAGCCAACCUUGCGCAAGCUACACCCACCAAUCCGUUCGGAUUUUGA